AUGGCACCAAAUAAAUUGAGCGCUGUCGAUUAUGUUAUUCUUGUAAUACUUCUUCUAUCAUCGGCUGUCAUUGGUGCUAUAUUCGGAUUUUUCAAGUCGAACAAGAAUUCAGCACAAGAAUUUCUCCUAGCUGCUGGUUUGAACAUUUGGGUUUCUGUUAUUUCAAUCGGUGUCAUUUGCACGUUCUAUUCUUCUGUGGGUGGUAUGAAAGCAGUCAUUUGGACCGAUGUUCUACAAUCAAUAGUCAUGUUUGUUGGUCUUUUAGCAGUCAUCAUUCAAGGUUUGAUAUCACUCGGUGGUUUUAAACGAACAUUUUCCAUAGCAUCACGAGGCGGCAGAAUUGAAUUUGAUAGCGCUGAUCCUCGUACUCGUCAUACAAUAUGGUCAUUAAUCAUCGGUGGGUCAAUCAAUGCACUUGCUACCUAUGGAUUUAAUCAAGCACAAGUACAACGUUAUAUGUGUAUUCGUUCAACACGUAGUGCUAAACAAGCACUAUUUAUGAAUGCAGUCGGUUCUGCACUGAUUGUUUUCCUCUCGACUCUAAUUGGAGUUAUCAUUUAUGCAUAUUAUGCCGAUUGUGAUCCGUAUACAACCAAAAAACUUCAAGAAAUUGAUCAAAUUCUUCCGUAUUUUGUCAUGGAAGUAUUGGGCGAUAAGAAAGGUCUACCUGGUGUAUUUCUUGCUUGUAUUUUUUCUGGUUCACUCUCUACAAUUUCAUCUGGAUUGAAUAGUCUAGCAGCAGUACUUGUAGAAGACGUUUACAAAGGACUUUUGGGGGCUCAAAUUACAAAAAGACAGAUGACAAGUGUUAUUUUACCGUUAUCGAUAGCUAAUUGUACUGAUAUAACAAAUAGUACAUUAACAAAUUGGACUACAAGUACAACGAUACCUACAUUCUUAAACACAAAAGGUAGUAUAUCUUCACCUGACCAAAAGACUGCAGAAUUUACAUUAAGAAGUACUGUUGAUCUACUGACAACUGAAAUGUCGAUUUCCUAUUCUAAUGAAACAGCAUAUUUGACACAAAAUAAUAAUCAAGAAGAAUUAAUUUAUAAAACAACUUCGUCAAAGCAUAGACAAUUAAGUGUACCUUACAAUUUUAUUCUCAUAUGGUUGAAUUCUAGCGUGAAUGAAUAUGACAAUCAAUAUAAUGAUUUAAUGACUCAAUUUCAACGUAUAACUAAGUCCAUUCGACUAUUUACUGAUGUUGAUCAAUGUAUUGAAUUUAUGAGAAAUAUUGAAGAUGACAAAGUUUUGAUUAUUUUAUCAAACAAUAUCGAUAUGACUUAUGUACCUCUUAUAAAUGAUUUACAUCAAGUCGAUUCCAUAUACAUUUUUUCGAAUGAAGAAAUCAAACCUGAACAAAGUUUAUUAGAAUACAAAAAACUAAAAUCUUUGUCGUCAAGUGACCCAGCAUUGAUUGGUACAUAUAACAAUAUAGCUCUAGCGUAUUGUUCUAUGAAUGAUUACUUACGUGCUAUUCCAUUUUAUAAGAAGGCUCUUAAAAUUCAACAAUUGGUUUGUCCAGUCAAUGAUCUAUCAAUAGCGACCACAUGCAUUAAUAUCGGUCGAGCACAUGCUAUUAGAGAAUACUACUCGUUUGCACGCGAUAGUUACCAAGAAGCACUUAAAAUUCAAGAGAAUGUUCUGGAUCCAAAUGAUCUUAGAUUGGCUGAGACAUAUAACAAUAUUGGAGAAAUGCAUCGAUUAACAGGAAACUGCUCAGCUGCAUUACAAUACUUUGAAAAGACGCUACAAAUUCAGGAAAAAUCACUUGCUUCAAAUCAUCCAUCACUAAUUAAGACAAAACGUGAUAUAGACCAAGUACGUAACUCUAUGAAGAAUAUUGGCAAAAUAAUAUCAUUUUUGGAGACAGUACUGAAACUAAAAUCAAAAUCAUUUCUAUCAAAUGAUACAUCCUUCAAUUUGAGUGAUGACAAUAUGACAACAACAUUGGAAGAAUCUUAUCAAUACGAAGAUAUGGCUCUAGAGCCAUCACAAACCAUUAAUACCAUUGCUCAUAGUAUUAAUCCUAAUCAUUCGCCAGCGGAAGUAUUUCAAGAAUAUGACAAUGAAUGCACGACUACAUUCAAUAGUGAAAAACAGCGUGAGAAAAAGAUCGACAAGCAAUGGACCUAUCCUGUUCUUCUUAUUCUUCCUUCGUUAGAAAAAUCUCCUUUAUAUUCCGUUCUAAAGGUCAUAACCAAUGGUUGUCUCAUGUCUCCAAUUCUCAUAGAUGAAUGUAAUGAUAAACUAAAGUCAUACCAACAAAUAAAGGAACUUAUACUCGAAGUUUCAUCUAUUUCUGUCAGUGAGCGAGAUCGAAUGCUUACAGAAAUCUCAUCUUUUGAUAAUAUUCAAUCAAUCUAUUUAUUGGGAAAACCACCUGAAACAAAACAACAACGGAAUGAGUUUUUUAAUCGAUUUGACAAAGUAUGCAUAUUCUGUGACGAUGAAGAGCAAAUUGCUGUUCAAUGGGUAUUGGAUACCGCUAACCAUUGCCGCAUAUCUGCCAAUCAAUACAUUAAGGCAGGUGACAAAGCUGUUGCUAGUGAACAUUUUCAACGAGGUAUAGAACUUUACGAUCGUCUUAAAGACUUCAUCAAAUCAACACAACGUCAAGUAUCAUAA